UAACACUGAAACCUCGUUUUUCCAGCAUAUUCAAGUUUGCCCCCAAAAUGCUCACCAAGUUCCGAAUCCUUCACCUCUUCACCCAUCGCCUCUCUCCGAGAAUCGCCGCCGGCAAUGGCUCGCAUCGCUUCCUCUACGGCAACCCUCUCUGCACCGCCGUCAAGCCGCCACUGACCCCGGAGUCACCGGAACUCCCAGCUUGGGUCAAGUUCUCCGACAACCCAACCCCUCCAAACGCCGACUCAGACGACGACUUCGUUAUCCCUUCCCUCGCUCACUGGGUCGAUGCCCACAUCCUUGACGCCAAACCCAAACUCGUGACCCCAACAUUCAAUGAAAACAAGCACGACUAUGUCGAAGCAAUCAGUACACUCCUCAAGGAACACCACUCUUCCCCUGAGCUUGUUGCUCAAGCACUUGAUGGACACGGUUUUCAGGUAUCAAACAGUUCCGUUCAGCAGAUUCUGAAGAGAUUCAACAAUGAUUGGGUCCCAGCUUUCGGAUUCUUCACUUGGGCAAAAACGCAAACAGGUUAUGAGCAUUCUCCUGAACUGUACAAUUUGAUGAUUGACAUACUGGGGAAGUCCAAGAAUUUUGAUCUUGUGUGGGAGUUGGUGGAGGAAAUGGCAAAACAUGAAGGGUACGUGACAUUGUAUACAAUGACUAAGGUUUUGAGGAGGCUUACUAAGGCUGGGAAGCAUGAAGAUGCCAUAGCAGCAUUUCGUAGAAUGAAGGAGUUUGGUGUCGACAUGGAUACCGCAGCACUUAAUAUGCUCAUGGACGCUUUGGUGAAAGGAAAUAGUGUUGAACAUGCCCAUGGUGUUCUUUUGGAAUUUAAGAGCUUGAUUCCUUUGAACUCUGGUUCUUUCAAUAUUUUGAUGAACGGGUGGUGCAGAGUUAGGAACUUUGAUCAGGCCCGGAAAGUAAUGGAGGACAUGAAGGAACAUGGGUUUGUCCCUGAUGUUUUCUCGUAUAAUAGCUUCAUUGAAUCGUAUUGCCAUGACAAGGAUUUUCGCAAGGUGGAUCAAGUUUUGGAGGAGAUGAGUGAAAAUGGGUGCCCCCCUAAUGCUGUGACUUAUACUAUUGUGAUGUUUGCUUUAGGGAAAGCAGGGCAACUAAGUCAAGCUUUGGAGGUUUAUGAGAAGAUGAAGAGCCAUGGCAUUGUACCUGACACUCCAUUUUACAGCUCAUUGAUAUUCAUUCUUGGCAAAGCUGGGAGGUUAAAGGAUGCUUGUGAUGUGUUUGAGGAUAUGCCCAAGCAAGGGAUUGUGCGAGAUGUGGUGACUUACAAUACAAUGAUUUCUACUGCUUGUGCGCACUCGCGGGAAGAAACUGCUCUUAGGUUGCUGAAGGAAAUGGAAGAGAGAUCAUGCAAGCCGGAUCUUGAGACGUAUCAUCCAUUGCUCAAGAUGUGCUGUAAAAAGAAGAGAAUGAAGGUGCUCAAGUUUUUGUUGGAGCACAUGUUCAAGAAUGAUUUGAGCCCUGAUUUGGGAACUUUCUCACUUUUGGUACAUGGCCUGCGUAAAAGUGGAAAACUUGAUCAUGCUUGCUCAUUCUUUGAGGAAUUGAUCUCGCGGGGAUUAACUCCGAGGCAUGGCGCGCUCAAGCAAUUGGUAAAAGAUCUGGAGGCCAAGAGCAUGUUAAAAGAGAAGGAACACAUUGAGAAGUUGAUGACACCACCAAGUAUAAGAUUUACUUCAUAGUCAGCAUAAGCUACCUGUAUUUGUCCCUCAUUUCAUCCCAUGCUAUGAAAAUAAAAUAGAGUCGACUUUAAUCUUAUGUUUCUCAGUUCGCGAUAGCCUUUUUUUUCGGUGUUAACUUUCUGGAUAGCCUAGAAUCAACAAUAUCUGGAUGGAAUGAACAUACAAUUUUAGGCAUUGGCUAGCAUGGGUCCAUGGAGCACCACGUUAAAACUUCCCAAACUACUAAACGACCCUCAAUCCCAUUGCAUCUCUCCUUUGGUGGUCUUGCACUGGCAGCUGGGCAAGACGCUGAAUUUAGAUGGGAACAAAAACACAUGAAUAACCUCAUCACAUUUCCAUAUUGCUAUCUCUGGAAGAUGGACCCGAAGUACAAAUACAAUGCUUUUCUUGAUUCUAUGUUUCCAAAAUUAGAGAACUCAUCAUGAAGCCAUUUAAUUUAGAGGUUUGUAUUCACCAAAAAAAAAAGAUUAGAGGCUUUGUAUUGGAUCCUGAUAAGUGUAAUAGUUGUAUUUUCCUUUUUGUAGAAUAAAAUAGAACCUGCUUCCUUGACCA